GAGAGAAAGGCGAAAGAGCAAGAGUAGGAUACAAGAAAAUAACAAUGAGAGGUAAGGAAUAUAGAUGGAACGAGAAGGAGGAAAAAUUAGAAGAAGAGAGAGGAGGAAGAAGAAAUUGAGGACAGAAGAGACAGGAGGAGGAAGAAGAGGAGGAUAGGGCUCGGAGACUAAAAAUUUGUUUCUGGAACAUAGCUGGAAUAAUGAACAAAAGAGAGGACACAUGGGAGUAUCUUGAAAAAUUCGACGUGAUAGGACUAACAGAGACAUGGGUAGAAGAACAAGCAUGGAAGAAAAUCACAAAGAAAUUACCUAAUGAAUUCCAGUGGUACAGCAUUCCAGCAACAAGAGAAAAUAAAAAAGGAAGAGCUAAGGGAGGAAUCAUGAUGGCAACAAGAAAAGAUAUAAAAUUAAUCAACACGAGGAAAAUAAGCAAAGGAAUGGCGGAAAUGGAAGUUGUGCAUGGCGGUAGCAGAUGGAGGAUAGUCACAGUAUACAGUCAUUGCAUCGAGGAAACCAUGGAAGUCCUACUGGAAGGAAUCCAAGAGGAAAAGGAAAGCCACUUAAUAAUAGGAGGUGAUUUCAACGCAAGGACAGGAAACAGGGGAGAACCGAUAGAAGCAAGAGAGAGGAAGGGGGAAGAAGUAAGAAAAUCAAAGGAUAAGGUGAUAAACAGAGAGGGAAUUAUAAUGCUAAACGGACUGAGAGAGAGAGGAUGGACGAUAUUAAAUGGAAGCGGCGAGGAGAUAGGAGGUUGGAUCUACAUAGAAGAAAGCGGAGCGUCAGUAAUAGAUUAUGUCAUAACGAACGUAGAAGCAAUGGAGGAGAUAAAGAACAUGAAAGAAGGUGACAGAAUAGAAUCAGACCACGUUCCGCUGGAAGGCGCUGACAGAAAGAAGGAGAGAAGAAGCAACACUAUUGAAAAGGUAACAAGUGUAUGGACAGAAGAAGGGAUACAGCAAUACCAUGAGAAGUGUGUAGGAUGGAAAUGUGAGCAGACGGAAAGUGGGAGAAUCUGGAAGGAACUAAAAGAAAAAGUAAAGAAAUCAAUCACAAAAGUCAAGAAGAAGAUCGCACUAUGGAAGAUAGCAAGGAGGACGUGGCAUAAUAAAGAAUGGAAUAAGACAAAAAGGGAACUGAGGAAAGAACUUGGAAGGCUAAAAAAAGGGAAAAUAAGCAGAGAAGAAUUCGUACAAAAGAGGAAAGAAUACAGAGAAUGGUGCAAGAAAGAAAAGCACAAACAUGAAAGAGAAGAAGAGGAAAGGAUAAAAACAAUAAGGACAGAAGAAGAGGCGUGGAGAUACAUAAACAAAUACAGAAAGAAGAAAGAAGGGAUAAGCGAAAGUAUAGAGAUAGAAAGGUGGAUCAUGCACUUCAUGGAUCUGUUGGAUGGAUCAAAAGAUAAAAUAAUAACGAAAGAAGAAGAGGAAGAAAAGGAGACGGAAAAGGCGGAACAGGAGAGAGAGGAGGAAGAGAACGAAUUAACAAGGGAAGAAAUAAUAAAACAACUAAUAGAACUGAAGAAGGGAAAAGUCCCGGGAGAGAAUGAUAUCGAAAACGAAGCAUGGAGGCUGAUGCCAAAAGAAAUAGGAGAAACCUUUGUGAUGCUGCUAAACAAGAUAUGGAAAGGAGGAGGCAUACCACAAGAAUGGAACAACGGCCUAAUAAGCCCAAUUUAUAAGAGAGGAGAGAAGAAUGAGGUAACUAAUUAUAGAGGAGUGACGCUGAUGGACACGGCAUACAAAAUAUAUGCAAAGGUGCUAAAUGAAAGACUGAAAAAGGAAAUGGAGAAGAAUCUUGAAGAAAGAUAAUUUGGGUUCAGAGAAGGAAGAGGAACCAUUGAUGCGGUGUACACACUAAACUACGUGGCGAACAGAGAGUUAGCGAGGAAGAAAGGAAAGCUGUAUGCAUUCUUUGCGGAUCUGAAGGCGGCCUUUGAUAAGGUGGAUAGAAAGAAGCUAGGAGAAAUGAUGGAAAAACAAGGUGUUGAAGAGAGAUUAAGAAAAAGAAUAAUGAAAACGUACAGAGAGACGAAGAAUAUAGUGAGGGUAGGAAACAAAAAAUCAAAGAUAUUCUGGACAAAGAGAGGAUUAAGACAGGGAUGCCCAUUGAGCCCUACGCUGUUUAAUAUAUACUUGGCGAACCUGGAGGCGGAAUUGAAAAAGGAACAAACAGGAAGAAUAGUAGUAGGAAAGGAAAAAUUCUGUCAAUAACUUAUGCAGACGAUAUCGUGCUACUGGCAACAAACGAACAGGAAUUAAAAGGUAUGAUGAAGAGAUUUAGAAAAUACAUCCAAAAGAAAGACUUACUACUAAGUCCAGGAAAAUCUAAAGUACUAGUUUUUGAAAGAGGAAGAGGACGAAGAGGAAAGAGAGAGUGGAGAUGGGGAGAGGAGGACAUCGAGGAGGUGAAAGAGAUGAAAUACCUGGGUUACAUCAUACAAAAAACGGUGGAGCAGAAAGGCACCUAGAGGAAAGAAUGAGAAGAGCGAUGAUCGCAAUGAAGCAAACAUGGAGCAUUGGAGAGAAACUGUUUAAGGAUGACUUCGAGAGAAGAAUGAAGAUGUUCAAUGCGCUAGUGGAAAGUAUUGCAUUAUACGGAGCAGAAGUAUGGGGAUGGAAAAAUGAGGAAAGGCUAGACAGGACAAAAAGAAAUAUACAAAAUGGAUCUUGGGACUAGAUAGAAGGACACCAAACCACAUAUUGCUGGAGGAGACGAAGAUGAGGGAAAUAAGAAUAGAGGCUAUAAGAAGAGCAAGCAGGUACGAAGAGACUAACAGGAAAACGAACAAGAAGUUAGUAACAGAAUGCAUAAGGGAGAUAGAAAAAGGAAAAAGAGAAAGCGAAGAAAGCAAGUGGGAAAAGAAGAGAAGAAUAAUGAUGGAGAAGUCGAAAGUAAGCAGAGAGGAACUGAGGGAGAGAAGAGAGAGCGAGGAGCCUAAAAGAAUAACGCAACUAAUAAUGGAGCGAAUAGAAAGAAGAGAGAGAGGAGAGAAGGAGAAAAAUCGAGUCAAAAUUUAACGAGUACUACAGACACAUAGUGACAGAGGACAUGCCAGUGUAUCUGCGAGAAAAAAUGAAGAAGAAGGACAGGAACUUAAUAGCUGGAUACAGAUGCGGAAACACAGCGAGAGGAAGCCAAUACUAGAGAGCAGAAAAAGAAAGGAAAUGCAGAGUAUGCGAAAAAGAAACGGAGAGCAUAUGGCACGUCUUGAAAGAAUGUGAAGUUACCAAGGUGGAAAUGCCAAUAGAAGAAAUAUUGGAA